GCAAUGUGUAAUCCUGUAGUUUGUCGUGUCUUUGUGAAACAAACGCACGAUGAGUAGGAUAAAUGUUUUUAUUCUUUGAUAAAACCACAUCAUUUUUGACACAUGGCAGCUUCUUGAAAGAAUCCCACACAGUUUGACAGCAGCUAGCGGUCCCUGCUCUGCAGGAGAGCUAACAUGCCUGACUGCUUUAGUGUGUGUGCGGCGCUCCUCCUGGCUCUCCUCAUUCUAAUAUUAGCAGGUUUUAUUGUUUAUACAGGUCUCCUGACGGACAUCAUAGUGCAAACCGGCUGUCCUACAUUCAAAAAGCUAACUUUCGCUUAUAAAUUCAAUGAAGGAUCAUACGGCGAUAGCAGGAAACUUUUUAAGGAGGCUCGCUGUGUUGGACUUGGGGUCUCAUGCCUUGGAGUGUUUUAUGACGUCCCUAAAAAGGUUACAACUCCACUCUGCCGCUAUGCUGUUGGCUGUAUUCUGAGUGAGGGAGGAAACAAAGUUGAUGAAGAAGUGCUAAAACGCUGCAAGGCAUCAGGAUUUAAUGUGGUCUCCUUCCCUCAAGUCAGCCACGUGAUCUCUACCUCAUUCCCUCACAGAGCCCUUUUUUCUGCAUUCUUCAGAGUGAGAAGAGUCUAUCCACAGCUUGAGCUCUACAUCAAGAAACGGAGGCUCUGUGCUCACCCAUUCCUGGAGCUCUACAGAGAGGGUGAGAUCCAGUUCAUCGUCCCUCUGGCUCGGCAGGGGGAUUUUUAUGUUCCUGAGGUACGACAGGCAGAGAAGAGGCUGUCAGAACAAGAGGAAUCUUACAGUGAUACAGACAUAUCAGGUGCGGAAUCCAACAGCGAAUACAGUUCUGGGAUAUGCAUACUGGAUUCGGAGAGCAGAGAGACUUCAUCGGUGGCAUCCUCCGUCCGCACUGGCUCUGUCCGAGAUCAAGGGGGUGGAGACAGAGGGAGAAGCUCAGGGGCAGCCCAGUUUAAAGACCCUAACUGGACGUGGACUGGUGGAGAUCAGAAUAUGGGAGAAGAUUAUGGAGAGUCCAAGAAGGAAAGCCUGCAGGCCUUUAAGCAGGAGUUACUGGGUGUCACAGGAGAGGAGGAAUGAAGGUUCAGUAGCACAUGACCUGAAGUAAAAAAAAAGGCUGCUCUUUUAUUAUGAAUAACUCAUAAGAAAAAAAUCUAAACUAUCAAAGGUUUUUAAAUAUUUUUGACGAAACAGUUUUAUUUUUAUAAAAUGUUCUUACUUCUGUUUUUGGUUGGAAUGACAUAAUACAUGAAGUUUGUCAAGGCAAACAGAAUCGAAAGCUUGAUUUGUUUCACAGCGAUUCCAUUAGUAUGUUUCAUACUUUGAACAGACUUUUAUUUUGGAAUUAUAAUAUUUGCUCUUAUUUAUUUGACAUUUCAUUUUCUUAAAAAAAUGGAAAUAUCAGGAUUUUUUUUUUUUCAUUUUCAAUGUACAAAAUUAUUUGUAAAAAUGUUAUAGAUUUUGACAUUAGAGCAACAUUUACUUGAAAACAAAAAAAAACAGGUUCUUCAGGGUCCUAAAAGAUGUUGAUUCUUAUUAUUUCAUUUUACUUUUUCCCCAUUUUUAUUUUUCUUCCUACCAAACAGAAUGAUGGCACAUUUUUGACCAAUUUUCUUUAUUUUGCUGUCACAAAGUAGAAGAGGAUGUAAUGGUGAGUUUCAAACAUUGUUUUUCUACCAACAAGAAGAUUCACAGGUGGCUUCUUUUAAGGCUGUGAUAAUUCCUGACCAUAAGCAUAUUGGUUUAACUCCCCGAUCCAAAGUUACAUCAUAAUGAAUAAUUGAUGAAAUAGUUCAGGUAUCCGUAUUGACAGUCAUGUUUGUAAGCAAAUUCUACACAUUUUUAAAGCCCAGUAACUCUUGAUGCUGAUCAUCUUAAAAGUAAUGCUGUCAUUUUUUUUUUAUUUACCCUCUUUUUAGACCUUUGUCUCUGAGUCCACUUGCAUUGUACUUUAUUUUUUAUGUUACUUUUGAA